UAAAAUAGAAAGUACAAAUAAUAUGAAUGCGCAAAAAUUAGAAAUCAUAGAGUCAAUGAAAAAUAAAUUAACAAACAAAUACGAAUUAAAUAUUCAAUCUUUUCUCUCAGCAGGAUUACCAAAAGAAAAAUUAGAAUGGAGACUCCCGACAGAUCAUAUUAGACCGAAUAUAAAUACGCAAGAGGAUGGAACAACACAAAUAAUCACAGAUCCAAUACAAAUUAAAGAUAAA